CCUUGUUUUAAACAAGUCUUGCGCUUGUUUUCAUGCACCACGUGGGAAUCUAUAUUUAGAGUGGUUCCGUCCAAUGACAGCUAAUACUUGUCAAUACUGUAAACAUGUCUGGACUAACCAGUAUAGUGUACAUGGCAGAACAGUAUAUUGAAAUCCUGUAUGUACACGAAUUCUUCUUGCCCGGGAAUGCAGUUAGAUUAACAUUUCAUUCUGGGUUUAUGCUCUGAACAGGUUACAUGAAUUGUUUUGGAAUUAUAACUUUACACAGGACAUGUUUAAAUAUUAAGACAAUCAAUGCUUAAAGUUCAGCCCCACAUCAGUACUUCAAGGUACCAGCAGGCCUUUUCAGUGCAUCAGCGCCAAGUCCCAGUCAGAAUGCCAGUGUUGACGCGAGACCACCUGGCGCUGCGCCUGCGCCAGAACUGGAUGGCAAAAUACCCGCUAGACACAUGCAGCAAUGGUGGAACCAACCUUGAUGACAGCCUCACAAGUUUAAACUGGCUCCAGAAUCUGAACAUCCUGAAAAUCACCACACCAACACCCCCGUCGAGUCCUGGGCCAGCUUUUAAUGACUACAAAAACUUUAAAGUGAAUCCGAAUUCAAUUUUGAAUGUAGCCUGUGGUCCCCCGCAGACAAAAAUGUACGAAAUGAGAUUUAUGACACCUGAUACUCCCCCCAUGACCCCAACAACGUUUGGCAGUGACUCAAUAGACUAUAAGACAAAUCCGUAUGUGAAACCGCCAUAUUCGUACGCCACUUUGAUCUGCAUGGCAAUGAAGGAAACCAAGAAGAGUAAGAUCACCCUGUCAGCCAUUUACAACUGGAUCACAGACAAUUUUAUGUACUACAGAUUAGCUGACCCAAGUUGGCAGAAUUCCAUCAGACACAAUCUGUCCCUAAACAAGUGUUUCCAAAAGGUCCCUCGGAGAAAGGACGAGCCAGGGAAGGGUGGAUUCUGGAGAAUAAACCCAGAAUAUAGUGACUUAAUAGAAAAUGGUGUCUUCAAAAAACGUAGAAAUAGUCGGGAUGGUCAGACAACACCAUCAUCAAGUUCACCCACAAAUGUUCCAUUUAAUCUAAAGCGUGUUAAAGACGAAUUCAGUCUUAAGCGUGUUAAAGACGAACCAUUAGACGACAGUUAUGAGGGCGGUGGCUGUAGCCAACCCUCCAAAAUGCGUAAAUUGGACACUGGCAGCAGUGCGAUGCAGUUUGGUGCUAACGAGGAUGAUGGUCAUUUGAAAGGGGAUUUCAACUGGACCUCAAUUUUAAAUCAAGACAUUGAAAUCGGUGGCAUAAAAAUUAAAACUGAAGACUUAAUAGACACUAAUGACGAUGCAGCUAGUCAAAUUUUGGCCAUGAGUCCAUCAUCAUCGGACUCGAACUCAGUCAGUGACUUUGGACUUGAUGAUCUAUUGGGUGACACUGAGUAUAUCUCAUCCUCAGAAUCUCCCUUGGACUUCACCACGAGUGAUUCUCUCAAUCUUCAGGUGGUGGGCACAGGAAUUAGGGCUCCCGAUUGGUGGGCGGACAGUUUCAAUGGCGGCGAGCGUGGACUUCUUCAGAACAUUGAGAACAUUGAAGCCCGAAGUGGGUUGAACACGCCUGUAGCGCCUUCGCCCGUACAUGAGUCCGAUUCUAUUGGACACCCAUGGUUUGAUCGGUCAGACAUGGGUUUGGACGCUAAUUUUGAUGUGGAAGACUUGUUUGAUAUUGAGAAUAUUCCAAGCCCCCAUGUAUGAACUUGAAGGGUGUGAUUUUUAAAAACAUUUUAUGCAAAAAAAGUAUUAAACAUAUUCUAUAUUUUUACUGUAUGAAAUAUUUGUAUCACUAAUCAUCACAGUGAUAAUGCUUUGUUAAAGUUUAUUUUUCACUGUUUAAAAAAAUCAUGUUAAAUCAGUAAAGAUUGUUUGUACUGUUAAGCAACAUCAUGUAAAAACUUUGUAUGGUUAGGAUGAUCAUGAUACUGCCAAACACUCUAGCUCUUUAGCCAUUUAUUUGUACUGAUUAUGCUCCAAUACUGCCAGUACUCUUUUUUGCUUUGUUAUGGUUUCUUGUUUUGCCUGUGAUUAGUAUGUGAGCGUCUGAAAAGGCAUUGAAUAUGUUAUAUACAUUAGGCAAAGAUUUGAAUCUCUCAGGAUAAUAGGGUAAUCAUGCCAGUUAUUUUCGUUGCUGAACAGAAUUCUCUGAUUCAUUAAUGGUCCUAAUAGGGAAAAUUGACGACAAUACAUGUAAUUUGGUGGUUGAUUUUGUAAUUUGAUGAGUCAGUUAUAAACAGUUUUGAGUAAAAAACAAUAAAGUUUUUUUCCUGUCUGUCGGAUUUCAUUUUGCAUUGUUAUGGUUGUUACUUAGAUAUAAGUUAUUAUUUGAAAUAUGUUAUGACUUGAAUGAACUCCUUUCUUAAUCUGAUGUAUUGACUUUUGUUCUGCUUGAGCAUGUGUGCUUGCAUAGUGUUACAAAGAUUGCCAGAUAAGAAUGGAUUUUGAUGUUCCUUAUUGGUGAUUAUGUUUAAUCUAGUGCCAUGUAAGUACUGACUAGAGAGGGUGGAACCAAUUUGAAACUUGUCAUGUAAGUACUGACUAGAGAGGGGGGAACCAAUUUGAAACUUGUCAUUGAAUAGAAGCUUAAGCUUACAUUUAUUAAUAGUAAGAUUUUACUAUUUUAUUGGCUUCUUAAGAUUAUUUUGUAGUUUAUUAAGAUAGGAAUUGAAACAGUGAACUAUUUAUUACUUUUGACUACUUAAUAUUGAAAUAAAUAGAACAUUUCAUUUCUACAAAUAGAGCAUUUAUCUGUUGUGAGUUGUUCGAAUUGAAUAAGCUUUGUAUAGAUCUGAUACUGUGUAUAGUUAAUUUUGUUAAUCGAUUUACUUACAAGGCAUUUGUAUAUGCUAGAAAAAGCAAGUCAUUAAAUAAUUACUAGUAAGAUCAGUGAUUUAAGAACUUUUGAGAUACAUUUAGAUCUGCAGUGUCUAAACAAAAAGUUGUAUGGGAAAAAAGCUUCAUUUUGGUUCCUUCCCAGUGGGAUUGUGCAAAUUUUAUUAAUUAUGUUGUCAUGGAAACGUGACUUCCCUUAUCAUAUCCGUCCAGAUAAGUCCGUCCAAUUAUAGUUGUUGUUGUUGACGUGUUCAGCACGUACAAGUGUACAUUUUGUAUAUAAAAUUAACAAAAAAUGCAUAUAUUUAUUUUGAUAGUUAAUAUUGUAUUUAAUAUAAAAAUUGGUCCUCUAAUUGUAUAUCAUGUACAUACAAACAUUUUUAUUUAUUUACAAAGAAUAAUAUAUUCUAUAUUUUGUUAUUUAUUAUUAUACUUACUGGUAUGCAUUAUAAUUGUGAUAUCUUUUUUAAGAUUUAGUUGACGAUGUUUUCAUCAAUUAUGAUGACAUAAUUUUAAGAUUUUUUUACAACAAAUAUUGUUUAUUAAGUUGUAAUUUAUCUGAAAUGUAUGGUAUAAGCUAUUUAGCAGAUUUUUUGUUCGAAUCAAUUGACAUACAUUAUGAGUUUUUCUACCAUCAGAAUGAUCAAACUAAUCAAUAUGUAAAUGUUUGUGUAUAGUGGUAUCAUGAAGAAAUUGAAAAAUAUUUAAUUUAUAUAAACAAAAAUUGAAAUAGCAACUUAUAUUUUCAGAAGUUUUUUGUGUGUCUGGUAUUAAUUGAAGUGUUUAGUAUCUAAAAUAACAUUGUCCAAACGACUUGCUUAGUUAUGUUUAUAUGGUUUAUUGGGCAUUUUUGUUUUGUUUUUGGACAAUAUACUCUGGAGAAUAUUAUGGAAUAUACCAAACAUGGCAAAGUAUAACACUUCACAAAUGGUUGGCUGCCACAAAGUUUAGGUAAAGUAGCAGAUGAAAACACAUAUUCCUUCAUUGUGAAUAUUGUUUUCUCGUAUAGUCAAAAGUAGCAUUAAGUAGUUAAAUCUCUAUAUCAGUAUUGUGUCGCCGGCUGGUUGGUGAAUUGCAUAUUUUGCUUUUGUUUGUGGUUUAUUUUGCGUAUUGUUAUAUUUCCAGCUGUAAACUUCCUAUUUUUGAUAAAUCAUGGAAGAGGUUUAGAAAUAAAACUUGGUUAUUUACAACAUUCCAUAAUGCAUUGUAUGCAAUUUAAUGGCGAAUUUUGUACAACAUAAUGUAGUCACUGUGAACAGCAAGUGUCUUAUCAGUACUUUCUGUAUUUACCAACCAUUCAUUUAGUAUUAACAUUGUAUUAACGUAUACAAAAGACCCAGUAUUAGCAUAGAAUUGACUGUGAUUGUAUGUUUUGAUAUGGUCAGUUAAAAGGAAUUUAAAGUAUUGCAAAUAAUGUCAAAUGAGUUUGGCGUGAAAAUAAAUAAAAGUUAAGAAAAAUUA